CUCACCAUCAUUAAUACUUACAUACCUCCUCAAUCGGUCUGUCCGUCACACUUCACAGCCUCUAUCUCCGACCUUCUAUCCAAUCCGAAUACUAUUUUAAUGGGUGACCUGAAUGCUCACGACUCGCUGUGGCACUCCAGCAUUCAGGACGCGCGAGGUGAAGCACUGGCAGUCGAGAUCGAUGACUCUGAUUGCGGUUCGUUAAAUCUUGAUUCUCCAACCCGUCUCCCCAACAACAGCCAACCAACUUCUCCU